AUGCCUGACCGUCAACUGAGGAAGAAGGUGAAAGAGUUGCAUACAUGGUACAACGAUCGAUCUCGCGAACUCAGGAGCCAGGAGGAGAAGGUGGUUGCUGCCGAAGAGAAGGCCAGAGCUCGUGAUGGCAAGCUAACGGAGCGUGAGGCGCAGCUCAAUGCCAAAGCCAAAGAUCUUGCUACACAAGAACAAGCCAUGGCUGCCAUUCUCCAUAGCAAAGAUGAUGAGAUAGAUGAGCUGGUGAGACAGUGGACCCAGAAGCUGGAGGAAGUUCACCAGAAAGCCUUGGAAACACAAGUUUCGGUGCAUGCUGCUAAGCUCAAGGAGGCUGCUGACAAGGCUAUAGUCGCUUCCAACACCAAGGCAGAAACAGAGGCAAAGGUCGGCAAGCUGAAGGAGGAAAUGGCCACCAGCGGCAAGGACAUUGAAGCUCUCAAAAUCGAGGCGUAG